UUUUGAAGAUGGAGGAUAAUAAUAAUGGAGAAAAAAAAGGAGAUGAAGAUCAAAAAGUGUCAUUCUACAAAUUAUUUUCUUUUGCAGAUAAAUUUGAUGUUGCCCUAAUGAUAAUUGGAACAAUUGGAGCUAUUGGCAAUGGAUUAACUCAACCUUUAAUGACACUUAUUUUUGGCCAGCUUGUUAAUUCUUUUGGUUCUUCAAAUUCUGAUGAAGUUGUACAUAAAAUCUCAAAGGUUUCUAUUGACUAUGUCUACCUCGCUAUUGGAGCUGGCGUUGCAUCCCUUUUACAAAUGUCAUGUUGGAUGGUUACUGGAGAGAGACAAGCGACUCGAAUUCGAGGACUAUAUUUGAAGACAAUAUUGAGGCAGGACAUUGCCUUUUUUGACACUGAAACAACAACAGGAGAAGUCAUUGGAAGAAUGUCUGGAGAUACUAUUCUCAUUCAAGAUGCCUUGGGUGAAAAGGUUGGGAAGUUCAUUCAAUUCAUCUCAACAUUUGUUGGAGGGUUCAUAGUCGCGUUCUUUAAGGGAUGGCUUCUGUCGAUAGUCUUGGUGUCUUGCAUACCUGCUCUUGUCAUUGCUGGAGGAGCUAUGGCAUUGAUCAUGUCCAAAAUGUCAAGUCGUGGACAAGUUGCCUAUGCACAAGCUGGAAAUGUAGUAGAGCAGACAAUAGGAGCAAUCAGAACGGUUUCAGCAUUCACUGGAGAGAAGCUGGCGAUAGAUAAGUAUGACAGCAAACUGAAAAUUGCCUGUGCUUCUACUGUCCAACAAGGGCUUGUUUCAGGCGUUGGACUUGGCACGGUCUUGCUCAUUGUUUUUUCUACUUAUGGACUUGCCGUUUGGUAUGGUUCCAAGCUGAUAAUAGAGAGAGGUUAUAAUGGUGGAGAUGUUAUCAAUGUUAUUAUGGCUAUAAUGACUGGUGGAAUGUCUCUAGGCCAAACAACGCCAUCUUUGAACGCGUUUGCAGCAGGACAGGCUGCAGCAUACAAAAUGUUUGAGACAAUCAACCGGAAGCCUCUGAUUGACACAUCGGACACAAACGGGGUUGUGUUGGAAAACAUCAAGGGUGAAAUUGAACUUAAAGAUGUGUACUUUAGGUAUCCAGCCAGGCCAGAUGUGCAGAUCUUUAGUGGAUUCUCACUUAUCGUUCCUAAUGGCAAAACUGUAGCUUUGGUUGGGCAAAGUGGAAGUGGGAAGUCCACAGUUAUCAGUUUACUGGAGAGAUUCUAUGAUCCUGAGGCUGGAGAAGUAUUAAUAGAUGGUGUCAAUUUGAAGAAAUUUCAACUCAAAUGGCUAAGGCAACAGAUGGGAUUGGUAAGUCAGGAACCUAUCCUGUUUGCGACAACCAUAAAAGAGAAUAUCAGUUAUGGUAAAGAAAAUGCUACUGAAGAUGAGAUUAAGACAGCUAUUGAGCUUGCUAAUGCUGCUAAGUUCCUCGAUAAACUUCCUCAGGGGCUAGACACUAUGGUAGGUGAGCAUGGAACACAACUAUCUGGUGGACAAAAGCAAAGACUGGCAAUAGCAAGGGCUAUCUUAAAGAACCCAAGAAUACUCCUCCUUGAUGAAGCUACAAGUGCACUUGAUGCUGAAUCAGAGCGAAUCGUGCAAGAAGCACUCGAAAAAGUCAUGGCCAAUAGAACGACCGUUGUUGUUGCUCAUCGUCUAACGACCAUUAGAAAUGCUGAUCUUAUAGCGGUGGUGAAUACUGGAAAACUAAUAGAAAAAGGAACACAUACUGAGUUGAUACAAGAUCCAAAUGGGGCAUAUUCCCAGCUUGUGCGAAUGCAGGGAGGGAAUAGAGAAGAAGAAAACAUGAAAAAUAUGGACCUUGAGAAGGUGGAUUUAACCACGGAUUUGGAUAAUAACCUGAGCAGGUCAUCAAGCCAGCGAUUGUCAGCAAUGAGGCGAUCAACAAGCCAGGGAUCAUCUAGACAUUCUUUCACACUCAACUAUACUGUUCCUGGGCUAAUUGGUAUUCACGAAGCAGAAAUAGGAGAUGAGGACAAGCAAAAAGAAUAUAAGGGAAGCUUACAGAAACGAAAGAAAGUUUCCAUUAGGCGGCUUGCUGGACUAAACAAACCUGAGCUUCCAUAUCUGUUACUUGGAUCACUGGCUGCAAUCAUACAUGGUCUUAUUUUCCCGUUAUUUGGACUCUUACUAUCGACAGCUAUUAAAAUAUUCUUUUACCCACCACAAAAGCUGCGAAGUGAAUCAAGAUUCUGGGCACUCAUGUAUUUUGGCCUCGGUGUGGUAACUUUGCUAGUUGUACCUUUCCAGAACUACUUAUUUGGAGUUGCAGGGGGGAAAUUGAUCGAGAGAAUUCGUUCUUUGACAUUUAAGAAAGUAGUCCACCAAGAAAUCAGCUGGUUCGAUGAUCCAGCACAUUCAAGUGGUGCAAUUGGUGCAAGGUUAUCAACUGAUGCUUCCACAGUCAGGACCCUUAUGGGUGAUGCACUGGCACUUAUUGUACAGAACAUAGCAACUGUAGUAGCCGGCCUCGUGAUAGCCUUCACUGCCAAUUGGAUUUUAGCACUUAUAAUCCUUCUCGUGAUGCCUUUAAUUGGUGUGCAAGGAUUCCUCCAGACCAAGAUGUACAAAGGCUUUAGUGCUGAUGCAAAGGUGAUGUAUGAAGAAGCUAGUCAAAUAGCAAACGAUGCUGUCGGGAGUAUAAGAACAGUGGCAUCAUUCUGUGCAGAGGAGAAAGUGAUGGACAUGUACCAAAAGAAAUGUGAAGGUCCAAUGAAGCAAGGAGUGAAGAUUGGAAUUGUUAGUGGAGCAAGCUUAGGCUUUGGUUCUUUUAUACUGUAUUGUACAAAUGCCUUCUGUUUCUACAUAGGAUCCGUCCUUAUUCAGCAUGGAUUGGCAUCAUUUGGCCAAGUUUUUAAGGUUUUCUUUGCAUUGACUCUAUCAGCUGUUGGGGUUACACAAAGCACAGGAAUGGCUCCAGAUGCUAGCAAAGCCAAGGAUUCUAUAGCCUCUAUAUUUGACAUUCUUGACAGAAAACCCGAGAUUGACUCAAGUUCUGAUGUUGGUACUACUCUAGCUGCUGUUCGCGGAGAUAUUGAAUUCAAACAUGUGAGUUACAGGUAUGCAACUCGCCCGGAUGUCCAAAUCUUCAAGGAUUUAUGCCUAACUAUCCCUUCUGGAAAGACUGUUGCUCUAGUGGGAGAGAGUGGAAGCGGUAAAUCAACUGUCAUUAGCCUAAUAGAGAGGUUCUACAAUCCUGAAUCAGGAUCGAUAUAUUUGGAUGGUGUGGAAAUCCAACAAUUCAAGCUAAGUUGGCUAAGACAACAAAUGGGCCUGGUUAGUCAAGAACCAGUACUGUUUAACGAAACAAUUCGUGACAACAUUGCCUACAGCAGACAAGGGCAUGCAACAGAAGAAGAGAUCAUUGAAGCAGCAAAAUCAGCAAAUGCACACAACUUUAUAUCUUCAUUGCCUCAAGGAUAUGAUACAUCGGUUGGGGAAAGAGGAAUACAAUUAUCAGGUGGACAAAAGCAAAGAAUAGCUAUUGCAAGAGCUAUACUGAAGGAUCCAAAGAUUCUUUUGCUAGACGAGGCAACAAGUGCUUUAGAUGCAGAAUCAGAACGUAUAGUUCAAGAAGCAUUGGAUCGAGUAAUGGUAAAUAGGACGACUGUGGUUGUAGCUCAUCGCUUAACCACAAUCAAAGGAGCUGAUGUCAUUGCUGUUGUGAAGAAUGGAGUCAUUGCUGAGGAAGGAAAGCAUGAUGCUCUUAUGAACAUAAAAGAUGGAGUUUAUGCAUCCUUAGUAGCAUUGCAUAUGACUUCAGCCUGAUUACUGCUUCAUCUUGUGACCAAAAAAUAGAUUAGGUUUAUUUUUGUCUUCCUUUUUUUUCC